UCAAAAAGCUUCUUAGCUUCCUUGGUCGUGAAUAAUUUGAGCACUGGUAAGGACCCUCGCUCACUACCAUUUGAGAAAGCGUAACGGCUAACUUAAUCACGUGCGACACCUCUCAGCCUAUCCUGUAAUGGCCUCUGGUCUCCUUUCCUGAGUACCAGCAGUCUUUACCGCAGCUGCAACAUUAGCAUUAGCCGUUACACUUUUUUGGCUGAGGUUGCAGGCUUGUCAUCUAGUGGCUUUGCAACACAUUGGGACAUUCAUAGACAUUUAUUGUCUAUGGGGACACUGGUGACUUUAUUUACGGUGACAUGUCGACGUCUUCAUUGAAUUGGCUGUUUAUGAAAAGAUGCCUGACCAAGUGAAGAUAUCCCAUAAAGAGUUGGAGAGGGAUGGAUUUGGCCCUAAUCCUUUUUACCAGUGUCUUGUAGCUGAGGUACCUGAGGAGCUCAUGUCUAAAGAUGGACACACUAAGGUUGGCUAUGCUCUCUUCUUCUAUACGUACAGCACCUGGAAAGGGAGGGCUGUGUAUAUGGAGGAUCUGUAUGUGAUGCCAGAGUACAGAGGUAAAGGCAUUGGAAAGGCUUUAAUGGCAACUGUCGCCAAAGUGGCCAAAGAGCAGCAUUGUGUGCGUUUACAGUUCUCUGUACUGGAUUGGAACAAGCCCUCUUUAGAUUUUUAUUUAGCUAAAGGUGCAGAGGACCUCACAGCUAAGGAGGGCUGGCAUUUUCUCCGCUUUCAUGGAAUAGCUCUGGAUAAUCUAGCACAGGAAGCACCUUAAAGAACAUUAAGACAUCUGACAAGUUUAGUUAUUGUCAGUAGGAAUACUUUGUGCAUAUUUUUGGUUAUUUUUUUUAAAUGCAAUAUAUUUCGUGUUAAAAUAUUAAAAAAAAAAAAUUGUAAGAAAAACAAUAAAAAUGUAUGAUAAUUA